GACUAACUAGCUAAUUUAACCAAUGUAAGGCAGUACCCACGUGGUUUCAUAGAGUCGGAGACUGCAUAUUCUAUUGUUUAAAAUCAAUAAAGAAACCGUGGAAGACGGACAGAUGCACGACAGCCGCAGAAUUAGGAAAUCCCUCUGCAAGCUUGUUAAUUACAGUAACGUUUGUCACCGAAUUAACGGUAGAAGGAAGAUUAUCUGAAGCCAAAAGAUACCUUUACAAACAUGCCACGCAAGAAGGUAACUGAAGUCUCUGGAAAUGGUGGGAUCAAGAGGAAGAGGGCAGGAGGCAAAAAGAAGGAAAGGGAGUUCAGCAGUGAUGAUGAAUUUGAUGAUUUUGAAGAGCAGGAGAACACAAAAAAACCUGGCAAGCCUGCUGCAAAGUCAGGCCUUCAACCAGUCACUGUGCCUGACGACAUCAAAGAAAAAAUAAAACUUGACUUACCUAAAGUCAAAGGUCAACUGCUCAUUUUCGGAGCUACCAACUGGGAUCUCAUUGGAAGGAAAGAGGUUCCAAAAGCACAAGCGGCCUUCAGGAACCUAGGCCAGAACCUGUGGGGUCCUCACCGUUACGGCUGCCUGAAUGACGUGCAGGUCAGCAGUGUGGUGUCUGGGCCCUGUGCUGCCCACAGCCUCCUCAUCACCACAGAGGGCAAGCUCUGGAGCUGGGGUCGAAAUGAAAAGGGUCAGCUGGGUCACGGGGACACUAAGCGCCUGGAGGCCCCAAAGCUGAUUGAGGCCCUCGCAGAUGAGGUGGUGGUGGCUGCAGCCUGUGGACGCCACCACACCCUGGCAUUGACUGAGGGUGGCACAGCCUACUCGUUUGGCGAGAACAAACUGGGUCAGCUGGGCCAGGGCAACCAAACUGAUGCAGUCCUCAGUCCAGCCCUGAUCCAGUACAACGGGCAGCCCUUGGUCAAGGUGGCGUGUGGGGCAGAGUUCAGCAUGGUGGUGGACUGCAAAGGGAACCUUUACUCGUUCGGAUGCCCAGAGUAUGGCCAGCUAGGACACAACUCUGAUGGAAAGUUCAUUGCCCGUGCCCAGCGCAUUGAGUUUGACUGUGAGACCAUUGCACGUCGCGUGACCAUCUUCAUCGAGAAGAGUAAGGAUGGCCAGGUGACGCCCGUACCCAACGUGGUGGUCCGAGAUGUCGCCUGCGGAGGCAAUCACACGCUGAUAUUGGAUUCCCAGAAGCGGGUGUUUUCCUGGGGCUUUGGUGGCUAUGGGCGGCUGGGUCACACAGAGCAGAAGGACGAGAUGGUGCCCAGACUGGUGAAGCUCUUUGACUUCCCCGGGCGCGGGGCAUCCCAAAUCUACACUGGCUACCAGUGCUCCUUCGCUGUCAAUGAAAUGGGGGGGCUGUUUUUCUGGGGGGUCACAAAUACCUCGCGGGAGUCUACCAUGUACCCCAAGGCCGUGCAGGACCUGUGUGGCUGGAAGGUCCGCAGUCUGGCCUGCGGGAAAAGCAGUAUUGUUAUCGCUGCAGACGACAGCACCAUCAGUUGGGGACCCUCCCCUACCUUUGGGGAGCUGGGUUACGGUGACAACAAGGCCAAGUCCUCCACUACUGCUCAGGAGGUUAAGAGCCUGGAUGGAGUUUAUGCUGAACAGGUGGUGAUGGGAUAUGCACACUCCCUGGUCAUCGCCAGACAGGACACUCCACAGGAACAAGAGAAGCUCAAGAAGCUGCCAGAGUACAACCCACGCACACUCUAAUAUGGUAUCCUCCAGCCACCUCUCACUGUUUUUUGUUUUUUUGCUUUCACUUGAGAGGCCCUCUAGGUCAACUGUAAGUCAUGAUGGGAGGGUGGGCUCUCACGAGUAUGUAUGUAUGCAUACGCCUUGAAAAACAAGUCGGGCCUACAUAGAUUCUGAGGUUAAUUCAGAGAGAAUGCGCUGCAAAAACUGAAACAAAUCCACUCUGGACAGAAUUUGCCCUGUCCUCACAACACUCGUCAGACAUCUACAGCUGGAGAGAGGAUCUCUACCACUCAUCUCCAAACACAUUCUUCCACUUGGAGUUCUACUCAUACUCCUCCUGCAUUCCCCAUGCAAGUCCACUGAAGCAUUCUCUAUUUUCAUGUUGUCUCUUUUUAUUCUUCAGUUGUGAACUGAUCAAUGCCCUCGUCUCCCUCACAAUAAUGGGUGCUACAUCAAAGUCCUCUUUGGGCUGGUUUUAAUUUCCAAGUGAGGGAUCAAUUCAAGACCAACACUCCAUAUCUGUGCCUUUUGAAACAGUCUUUCGGGGUAUGGAAUGAAUGCAUUUGUUAUUUGUUCCCAAAGACCAAUAGCAAAAUGUAGUUUAAACUUUGUUCUUGAAGUCCAUGGCAGUGUUACUGUUUGUCUGGUUGAUCGGUGUGCACUGUCAGAGCAUAAUCAGGAUCUGAGAUGUGCCACCAAGUCGAUGCUCUCCAGCCAUUGACUUCUGUUACAUUCCUUGGUUUUAUGUCUCUUCAUUUGUAUGACUAAAUGUUGAGGAUGCGUAACUGUCCCUCAAAGGCCAGUGUCUGCUUGUUGUCAUUCUUGCCUUUUUUUUCAGUGACUUUUUUUUUUUUGCCUGGGAAACUAGGUGUGGUCACUGUGCACUCUUGGCAAUGAAAACCAGCAGAAAUGUGGAUUGUGAGGACUUGAGUCUUACGCCUGUUUGUUUUAGUGCAGAUGGUCAACAAAGUGUGUGUGCAAUGAGUGGAUAUCCUGGUUUUAAAUCAAGAUGGGUUUUCUUUUCAUUUGUUAGUCUACCUGUAUUGCAACAAAUUGUUUCCGUGGUGUUUUUGUCUGGGUCAGAAGACCCUCAUCCCGUUCAAAAUUUUGAAACUUUUUCAUGGAAAUGGUAAUAAAGGUUUAUGUAAAUUGGG